AUGGCGUUGGCGAAGGGCAAGACCAAGACACCGACCAAGAGAGAGCUGAUCGAGUGCCUGGCGCAACUUGAGGCAGGAAGCGGCGCACUGAACCUCCGAUCCCCUGACAAGCAUGUCACCACUCAAGACAAGCUGCGCCUACGAGCAUACGCGUCGCCGUUUCAGGGAUCAAAAAGCAAGCAACAGCUAUCUGUCUUGUGGGAGAAGAUUGCGAUGAGACUUAGUGUGGUGUCAGGGGUGGUUGCGUCGCACCCGUCUGCCAAAGCAAAGUACCACAGCCUCAAGCAAGAGCACUCACCCGCUACGAACCCGCCCUACUGGGAGCACAUGGUGGAGUAUUUUGGGGAUAAAAGGGGCCUUGGUCACAAUGAGUUUGGCUCGAGUGCUGAGCGUGCGAUCGACACCGAAAGCGACAAGGCUGAAGAAGAGUUUGGCGAUGUCGAGGCCUCGGUGGAUACAACACGCCCGUCAAAGCGUUCAAAGCCCUCGUCAGCGUCGGCAGCGUCCGUGGCAAGUGGUUUGGUGACGCUGGGCGAAACCCUCGCAAAAGGUUUAGUUGACGCUGCCUCUGUCGGAACUUCAAGUGCGACAAACGAAAAAUUGGACGCACUCUCGGAGAGUAUUGAGGAAUCAAAAAAGCUUCAUGCAGCUCUACUUGAGAAUAUUGUGAAUGGUAAUGCUAUCCAACGUGAGCUUCUGAGCCAUCUUCAAGGCAUUAACAAUCGUCCAUAA